GCAUUGUGCGCACGGACGGAGGUCUCAUAUCUGCGCGCGCUCUUGCCGAACUCACAUCAACACGUUUCAGUCUUGUUACCGGAAAGUCGCGCGCGCUCUCCAUGCCCUUGUGCAGUACCUUCGCCGUGCCUUUAACCCCUUAAAACGCCGUUGAAUGAGCUCGCGCGCGCUCCAUCACCGUCUCCGGUCUCAACCGUCCCGCGCAUGAGCGCAGCGGGUUAAAUCUGUCGUGUGCCAUGAAGACGAGCCGCCGGUGUCGCGCGCUGCUCUCCGUGGGCUUGAACCUGCUCGCGCUGUUGCUCUCGAGCACGGCGUUCGCCACAGCGUACUGGUGCCAGGGCACGCAGCGUGUCCCCAAACCGAGCUGCAGCAAGGAGCGGCGCCACCACUGUAUCGACUACGGAGCCAACGACACCGACCCGAGCAAAGUGCACUACAGCUGGGAGACCGGAGACGACCGGUUCCUGUUCCGCCGCUUCCACGCGGGCAUCUGGCACUCGUGCGAAGAGAACAUCCACGGUGGAGGGGAGAAAUGCAGGAGCUUUAUUGAUCUGGCUCCAGCGUCGGAGAGAGGUGUCCUUUGGCUGUCGGUGGUCUCUGAGGUGUUAUACAUCAUGCUGCUCGUGGUUGGCUUCAGUCUAAUGUGUUUGGAGCUCUUUCACUCCAGCAAUGUGAUCGAUGGCUUGAAGCUGAACGCCUUCGCCGCCAUCUUCACGGUGCUGUCAGGACUUUUAGGGAUGGUUGCUCAUAUGAUGUACACCCAAGUCUUCCAGAUCACAGUCAGUCUGGGACCCGAAGACUGGAGACCGCACACCUGGGACUACGGCUGGUCCUUCUGCAUGGCUUGGGGAUCCUUCACCUGCUGCAUGGCUGCCUCGGUCACCACGCUCAACUCCUACACGAAGACGGUCAUCGAGUUCCGUCACAAGCGCAAGCUCUUCGAGCAGGGUCUCCGUGAGGAACAAGCCUUCCUUGACCAAGAAGCCUACCACUACUUCCAGGAACGCUCUGUGCAGUCCGUCUCCAGCUCGGUGGACCUCUACCCAGGCCACAGUGGCGCUCACGGCAGCGCCUAUAGCGGCGGCCGGGGGAAAAUGCGAGCGCCUCCGGCUUCCGUGGACAUGACGGACAACACGGAUUCUCUGGGAGAAGAGCAAUGCUGAGGACGGCUGUUCACAAGAAAGACCGUUUGUGUGCUCUGAAUAUAUUCCAAAGUGUUGGGGAUCCAGAACGUGGACGUCUCCGUGGGGCCAAAGAGAUUCUAUCUGAGUUGAAUUAAAAAAAGUGGAAUAUUUUCUGAGUAUAUGUAAAGGAUGUGAAGGAGAUGAUGAGAACAUGGAUGUUGGGUUGUGAACUGAGAACGUGGGCAUGAAAGGUCGUGCACUAACACUGCCACAGAAAUAACAACACACUGGCUGUCGAAGGGUUGCCUCCGGGGUCUGAAGUAACAAAGUUUCUGUAUUUGUGAAUUUCCAGGACCCUCAGCGGACGUUCCUAGCAACAUUUUCGAAAAUGUCCUGCAGACACCCUGUUCGAGAGAAACAGGAAGAAUGGCUCCAUAAGCACUGCCAGAUGUUGCAUCUAUCUAUCUAUCUAUCUAUCUAUCUAUCUAUCUAUCUAUCUAUCUAUCUAUCUAUCUAUCUAUCUAUCUAUCUAUCUAUCUAUCUAUCUAUCUAUCUAUCUAUAAAUAUAUAUCGAAUGUUCUCCAUCGCUGAAUAUGCCUUUGUGUAGCCCGGUGUUUACAUUCGAUCCCCACAGAAGCACAAGCUACGGUGAUUAAGAGCCACAAAAAAAACCCCAGGACUCGAUGGUUCCACAAUCUCGACACGUCGAUUAGAUUAGCCUGUUAUCGAUCGUGACUCUCAUACGCAUCACCGACCCGCCGCUCGGCGGCCAGUCCUGUUUAUUCGAUUUCACAGAUUUAUUUGACAUCGAAUCGUAUUUUAUGAUCUCCGUGUUAGAAUCGAAGUCGUCGAAUACCUUCUUCUGCUUUUCCAACAUAUUCUAUUUAUCUAUCUACAGUAUGUAUGCAUUACAAAACUUUGAUGAAAAUA